AUGAGUUUCUUCGACUGGAUUACCACAUCUUUCAGCAAAGCGCCUACUCCAGAGCCACAAAGCCAUAUUUGGGAUCCAGAGACUGUGACCAUGCAGCAACCAACUGCUCCUGAACCUCCCAGCACAAAGACUUCGACAGCGGCCGCGGAAUCAUCAGAUGUGAGCAUGCGAGGAGGUGGCGAAGCUGGAGAAAUGCUGCGGACUCAUGUGUUUUGA